UGGUCAGUGCUUUGCAGGGUUUAGUCGAGCAUGAGACAGCCAAGGGUGAGCACCCGAGUUUUCACACAAUAAAGGAGACCAAGCACUCCAGGAACAUCAUCAUCGCCAUGUUCAAGACCAGCUAUCUGCGCGAAGUGCGCAAGGAGAUGUACGAGCGCUCGGAUGUGUUCGACGAGGAGCCCCGAGGUCCUGAACCCUCAGCCACUCCGGGCUUGGAGAGUCUCCAGGAGCUCAACAACCGCUUCGCUCGCUACAUCAACAGAGCGAGAGUCCUGGAGCAACGCAAUGCCGUGCUACGCAAGCAGCUGGAGACGCUGCAGCGCAUGGAAGAGGUCGGCGGCCCAGAGGCGGCCCUCACUGAGCAAAUCGAAUUCAACAGGCAGCGGAUCAGAGAGCUGACGUCCGAUUACGCCAAGCUGGAGCGAGAGCUGAGGGACGCCUGCCGCCUGCUGGACGAGUUCACCAACAAAUACAAAAAUGAAUGUGAUUAUCAAGAACAGUUACGUGGAACACUGGAACAUUUGAACAAGGAGGCAGACAGCGCUCUGCUGAAUAACCUGGAGAACCAGAUUGGGUUGCAGUUCUUGCAGGAUGACGUCAGCUCCACCAGAGAGAGACACAAGAAGAACCUCGCAGAGAUCCAGACCUACAUCAACAUUUUGCAGCAAAUCAACCAGACACUUCCUCUUGGUCCCAAUGUGUCAGUGGGCAUCAGCGAGGAGCAGAAGAAGCUGUUGGCUCAGAGGAAAGUGCCCGAGCUGCAGAAACAGCUGGAGGAGUACAAGAGCGCCCUCUGCCAGCUGCAGGCUCAGAAGCACCGCCUCCAGACCGAGACCUCCAUGUUGGAGCAAACCAUCAAAAGCAUGCAGGAGCGAUACGACGACGAGAUCCAGACGUACAACGAGCAAAUCGAGUCCCUGCGGAAGGAGAUCGAGGAAGCCGAGAAGUCGCUGGAGAAGUUCACCUGCGAAUGUCGCCACCUGGCCACGUACCAGGUGAAUCUGGAGAACGAGCUGGAGAGAUACAAGAGGAUCAUCGAGAACGAGGACAACAGGUUGAAUUCAGCGAUAAUUGGCACUCCCAUUACCCUGUUCACCACUAAUUACCGCUACACUCACACACCCGCGGCAUCGAGCAGGGGGAGAGAUUUCACCCAGGCUAUCCAUGACAUCACCAGCAUCAAGCCUCGCCAGAAGAUCCAGGCCAAGAAGGUCCUGAAGAAGAAAGAGCUGAAUCCAAAGGAUGUGAUUGACAGUGGCGGAAGGAGUGAAGGAGCUUCUGGAGACGCUCCAGAAGAGGAAGGGAAGGGAAUCCUGACUGAGGAGAAGGUGAAGACACAGGAGCAGGGGCCCGUGUUUGCUGGAGUGUCUCCACAGGACGUCCCAGAUGGAGCUCAGAUCAGCAAAGCCUUUGACACUCUUUGUAACAUUGUUAGAGACAGAAUGAGGAUGUACAAGAAGCCCGAGCCGAUCGCCGACUUCUACACCAAAGGUCGUUAUGUCCUUGUUACUGGUGACGGCAGCUACACAGAUCCAUGCUUCUACACAUCCACACCAUCCGCCGGUCACGUCUACGUCACCAUCAGAGAUGGAAUGAUGUCUCCUGAUGACAUUUACGGACGCAGCACGCCCUCUCCUCCACCUCCUCAGCCCAUGGUGGACCCAAGGCCUCUGAGUCCAACCUUCCCCAAAGAUUCUGGAGGGAAGGAGGACAAUCAUGGUGGAAGAGGUAAAGACAAUGGAGGUAAAGCAAAGCACAAGAGCGGAGAGCCUCACUCUCAUUCUGAAGAUCCAAACCCAAUCCCUCCACCCUCUGGCCCAAGCUCUGGCUCUAAGAGGGUUGAUGAUGGCCCGAGUAGGCCCACACCAAGGCCAGAACCUCACAGUUCCAGCACCAGCCCCAGUUCCAGCUCCAGUUCCAGCUCUAGCACCAGCUCUAGCACUAGCUCUAGCACCAGCACCAGCUCCAGCAGCUUCUCCACACUUCCACUGAGCUAUGAGAAGGUAGAAGUGGUGGAGUCAGUGGAGAAGUACUCCAAGGGACGCAAGAUGAAAGGUUAUGAGGAGACGUCCAUGGUGGUGGAGACCACUAUUGAGAAGUCCAGCAAGAAAAAACACAGAAACCCCAUCACCAAACCUGAAGACUCCACCAACCUAGUCCAAUCAUCUGAUGAUCUAAUGAUGUGAUCAGACGACAAACGUUCCAGAAACUGCUCUUAAAAGACCAGUGUUUUGGUCUCAGAGGAAGACCAGCCACACUCUUCUACACAUUCCUCCUCUGAUGUUCAGUGCUUUUCCAUUUACUAGCACUCUCUGGUUUGCGUCCACAAUCUGUUUUUCUGCUGUUGUUGUUCAACCUAACACCCACGAUUAAGCUUUGAGUCCUUUACUGUAUGAAAACUUGGAACAAUAAAAAAAAUGGAAGCCACAUGCCACCAAAAAUACACUUUUAAGGAAAACAGAUAAAAAAAACGGAAUUGAAGUUGUGCCACCCUUCUGAACUGCCAAUAAUUCCAACUUUCCCCUUCUUUGAUUUGGUUUGAUUGGACACCACUGCCUGCCCUCAGCACACGUUUGCUGUGUAAUAAUUUGCUUUGACAUUUUGAACAAUAAAAGAAAGAUUCAAA